UGUACAAGGUUUUGUCCUCUUUCACCGACACAAUAUCACAGAGCUCGUAGCAUAGUCGUAAAAUCAUUAAGUUAUGGCCUAUUCACCGUCGCCCAAGAAGGCUGGCCUGCCACGAGAGGUUUUAAAAUGGCUGCAAAGUCUUGAUUUAUCGUUUUCGACCAAAAACGUGCGCAGAGACUUUUCCAAUGGAUGCCUGGUGGCAGAAAUAUUUUCCUGGUACUUCCCAAAGGAUUUCCAUAUGCACUCAUAUGAAAAUGGAGCGUCACUGCCUACCAAGCAAUCAAACUGGUCCCAAAUUGAGAAAUUUUUGGUGAAGCAAAACAUCGGUUUGUCGAAGGAAGUCAUAGAUGGCACAAUCCACUGCAAACCUGGUGCUGCAGAGCUUCUUGUCCAGGACAUUUACAGCAUCCUGACCAACAGAAGGAUCCAAAGCAUCCAGAGGGUGGAGCAAGGCUUCACUGAUAAGGCCUAUCAAGAACAGCUGCCCAUGGUGGCUCGAUCCACAGCUUCAGUGGCCAUAAAGAACAACCUGUGUCUCAGUGAGGUUAUAGCUGAACCAAACAUCAUGGCCAACCAGCGUAAAGUCCAGGCCAUCAUACACCGGCACAUAGAACAGAGAAAAGAAGAGAGGAACCAAGACCCAAAUCGAUUCAAUGUUAGACCCACUCUUGGAGAACAGGCUGUCAGAAUUGCUUCACUUUUAGCCCACCAGAGUGAGCCAGAACUUCAGAUAAACUCCAGUGUUGCUGCUUGUUAAGAUUCUGUCUCGAACUUUCAAACAAGAAGAUGAGACGUUUAAGCCAAAAGUCUUUAUACUUUAUUUUCCUUUUUUCAUUUCUGUUAAUAGUCUAUUGUACACAUUUAACUACAAAUUCAUUGUUAAUACAUUUAUUGUUGAUCCCAGAGACGAUACAGAGACUCUUUCAGAUAGAUGUCCAACAGCGGUCUUUAUCUAUAGGAUGAUCAUUUGUAUGUAUUCAAGGUUUGUGGAUGUAGCAAUGAGACUUGCAAUAA